CUUAAUCAGGGUUGUUUUAAACCAGGAGGAGGCAGAAGCUCGAUGCUUUAAGGCGAAAAGAAAAAAAAUAAUAAUAAUAUUAACGCAUACACCGUGUGUGUGUGUGUGUGAGUGGACCCCUGCUUCUCGUCUCCGCUGCUGCUGCGGUCCUUCAGACCCUUUUACAGAACCAGGCCGACCUCGGUAUCGACUUUUUUUAUUCCUUCCGCCAGCAUCCUACAUCCAUACAGUCUGAGUAAAGGAGUGGCCGACAGAGGAAUGGCUCAGUUCCAGGAAAUGAUGCGGCAGCAGCUGGAGAGCUCCAUGCACACCGAACUGGAGAAACUGCUGGACACCAGCACAGGCGCAGAGAGAGAGGUGUCCAUGAAAGACUUCGAGGGCUUCAAGACUCUUUAUCACAGAUUCCUGCAGGUGAAGGGACCAUCGGUGGAGUGGAUCAAGAUACAAAGACCACCAGAAGACUCGAUCCAGCCCUACGAUAAGAUCUCCGCCCGAGGCCUGCCGGAGAACGUGGCCGACUGCCUGAACAAACUGGUGGUGGUGAAGCUGAACGGAGGCCUGGGCACCAGCAUGGGAUGUAAGGGCCCCAAGAGCUUGAUCAGUGUCCGCAACGAGAACACCUUCCUGGAUCUCACCGUGCAGCAGAUCGAGCACCUGAACAAGACGUACAACACAGACGUGCCCCUGGUCCUCAUGAACUCCUUCAACACAGAUGAAGACACGAAGAAGAUCCUACAGAAGUACACGCACCACCGUGUCAAGAUACACACCUUUAACCAGAGCAGGUACCCUCGCAUCAACAAAGAGUCCCUCCUCCCAGUGUCCACAAAGUUGAGCAUGAAUGGACAAAGCGCAGAAGGCUGGUACCCUCCGGGACACGGCGACAUCUACACCAGUUUCUACAACUCAGGCGUGUUGGACCAGCUGAUCGCGCAGGGUAAGGAGUACAUCUUUGUGUCCAACAUCGACAACCUGGGAGCCACCGUCGACCUCCACAUCCUGCACCACCUAGUCAGCCAGCCCAACGGCAAGCGCUGCGAGUUCAUCAUGGAGGUGACCGACAAGACGCGCGCAGAUGUCAAAGGUGGCACGUUGAUCCAGUACGACGGAAAACUGCGCCUGCUGGAGAUCGCCCAGGUCCCAAAGGCCCACGUAGACGAAUUCAAGUCCGUUUCAAAGUUCAAGAUCUUCAACACCAACAACCUGUGGAUCUCUCUGGCUGCCAUCAAGAGGCUGCAGGAACAGAAGGCGAUGGACCUGGAGAUCAUAGUCAACCCAAAGACGCUCGACGGCGGGCAGAACGUCAUCCAGCUGGAGACGGCGGUCGGCGCCGCCAUCAAAUGCUUCGAUAACGCCAUGGGAAUCAACGUGCCUCGCAGCCGCUUCCUGCCCGUCAAGACCACGUCGGACCUCCUGCUGGUCAUGUCCAACCUGUACAGCCUGGACGCCGGCUCUCUCACCAUGAGCCCAAAGAGAGAGUUCCCAACAACACCGCACGUCAAACUGGGCAGCUCCUUCACCAAGGUUCAGGAGUACUUAACCCGCUUCGAGAGCAUCCCCGACAUGCUGGAGCUCGACCACCUGACAGUGUCCGGAGACGUCACCUUAGGGAAAAACGUUUCACUCAAGGGCACCGUCAUCAUCAUCGCCAACCACGGGGAUCGCAUUGAUAUUCCAGCUGGCUCCAUGCUGGAGAACAAAAUCGUAUCUGGCAACCUCCGCAUCAUGGACCACUAGCGCCUUUUAAACCACACACACACACACACACACACACACACACACACCCUCAUGAUGUGACCUAGCUGGCUUUAUUUCAGUCAUGUGACCUCCAGCAGAUUGUGAAAGCUCUGUGUGAGAUUGCAUGUUGCAGUGACUGUCGGGACAGCUGGGAUACGCCGCCCUCUACAGGCUGUUUAUCAUAUGACACACACACACACUUUGAAUAGUAUUAAUCAUGAGCUAUGAGAGGAAGACAACAAAUCAGAUUUUAUUUUAUUUUUUCCUAUUUCUUCAUUAACAUAGUGAUUUUUUACUGUUUUUUGGCCAGAAAAUAAAAUAAAAAAGCCAAAGUAGACUCUAAAUAGAUAUUAAACUAUAGGAACAAACUUUAAUAUUAACAGGGAUUAACGGGACUUUAUAUAGAAGAACAAACACAUGAUUUUAACUACUGCAAUCACAUGUGUACUUCCACAGAGAGGUGAGGUCACGUUUCUGAAGUUAUUUCCAGCACAAAGACUCGACACGGUUCCACAAUUCAGCCGUCGCAGGAUACGUUCAUCACAACAACAGUUACCGCAGGCUCACAGGCCGGCAGUCAGUCUGUCUCACGGACGCAAACAAACAAACAAACAAACAAGCAGCUAUUCACACUCACAGGAAAUGUGUUUUCCACUCCACCUGAUGACGGAUGUGAGCCCUCCACUGACGAGUCAAAACAUGAUUUUAAAUUUGAUCUAUUCUAGAUGAAUCGUGGAUAUCAACCACCAAGAAUUGUUGCUCUUGUGUCUCAAAAUCUAAAAAUGUUUCACCAUUAUGAAGCCAGACAGGUGUCAUUAGAAAUCCGUCUGUUUAAACUUGUGGAAAUACAGACAUCGAGCAACAAUGUUUAGAGUUGUAUUCGUAGUCUAUGUUUGCUCUCCUUUUUAACUGUUUCUGGUGUCAGCCAGCUCCUCAGGUUUCACUGCAGUCAGUCGCCUGUUUUUAUGAAUUUUAAUUGUGCGCCUUUAAAAAAAACACAAUGUUUUUACACUCAGCUGAGGUGGAAACACACUUAGUUAAUCAUUCGUGAUGUAAACGAAACAUCAGAACACAUGAAAGCAACACAAAUGUCGUAUUUCCAGUUUGAUCGGCAUUCUGAUUAUUUAAUCUUGUGUAAUUUUUAAUAACUAACUGGACAAUUUGUGCCAGUAGUGGAAACAAACAUAGCUUUUUAGUUGUUUGGCAGAUAGUGCAGACGAACAGUGAAGUUGAAAGACACUGAAAAGUCCGACAGCAAAUGCUGAAUCUGUGGGACCGUGUGGAUUUCAGGUCUGAAGUGAAGUUUGUGCUGAGAAAUAAAACCAUAACCUUGUUCCAGAAGCAGCUGUGACUUCCACUGUGUGGCGUCCAGACUUUGUCUCGACUCCGCCGAGUUUGUGCCAUAGAGGAGAAACACGUUACCCAUGUGACGCCUGAACCGCCUGUUUCGGUGCCCUUGAGCCUCUUCUUGAUAUUCCUGGAUGAUCCAUAUCCACGAUCACAAUGCCGUGAAAUGAUGUGUAAUAACUGAAACGAUAUCACUUUAAAGCAAAGGCCUUUAUUUAUGUUGUAGACGAGGAAAGAUCUCGACAUUGUCGUGCUUUAUUUUUGUUUUUAAUCCUGUAUGUUUGCUCAUGUUUUGACCUUCACGUUGUAUGAAACGUCAUGUCAGAUCUCUUCGUAGAACUGUUCGGUUCUUCAUACACAGCGACACAGCAGGUGCAAUACUUUCUGCGGUGUUGCUUUGCACACACACACACACACACACACACAUUCAGAUUUUUAAAACGUGUACGCAAAGAUUCAGUGUAGGAAUACUUGAGAUAGGUCCGUGUGUGGACCGGACACGUCUGAAAGCAAUAAGUGUUGAUCUAUGACGGUGAUGAGGGCUCAGCCCGGCCCAGUUCUGCGAGCUGAAUAAAGUGCAAUAUGAAAUGA